AUGAGUCACAUACAUAAGGAUGUCCCGCUUUCUCCUGUGAGGAUCUCUUACCGGGCAUUUUCUCAUGUCACCCCACAUCCUCCAGUACUUACUAUGGAUUCAGUGCCAGAGGACAGCCAUAUGCAAUCUAGGAAAUAUCCAGUUAUCAAACAGAGGGGAUUCUAUUCUGAUAUCCUGUCCCACAGUUCAUUUCCACUUCUUAAAGAUGUAAGUGCUGGACCCAACGUGCAGCCAAAUCUUCUCAGACAAGCGGACUUAGAGCAUAAUACACCCAAAGUCACAAGUUUCAAGGUUCCACAGAAUCUUCAGUCUUACCUAGACAAACAAGUAUCUGGUCCCACCACUGAGCUGUUGGUGAAAUCUGACUUUUCAAAGAGUGGUUACCAGCCGAAAGUUCAACUUCCUUUCCUUCUGCCACCGGGGAAGUGUCCUCGGAGGAUUGAGCUAGAGAGGAGAAGACGUCAGUAUUUGAAGCUUAACAUAACUCAGCUGUUAACUAAUGAAGAAAUAGACUCCAACCAGUUAAUGCCUCGUCACACAGAUGCUAACAAUCUGCCUAAUAUUGGGCAGAACAAUGGUGAAGUUCUUCCCACCUACUUACCUUUGGAGAUCUUUGACGAUGAAGAGUUUGAUAUUCACACAUGGUCUGAUUGGCUAAAUAUGGGAUACGAAGAUGGGUCUAAUGAAAGGAAACCUAUACCAGGCCAUGCUCUUCUACCUUUGGAUGACGCACUGGGGCAUGAAGAUCCCAAAAAUCCACAGAUAGUGUAUGAAUGGUGCAGUGUCGGUGUUCUGAUUUAUGAUGAGAAGAAGAAGCUGUACCUCGUACACAAGACAAAGGACAACAUCCUCAUGAAAACUUCUACACUCCAUAUAAACCAUGUCUCAGGUCCCUCAGGGCUGACACUCUACCAGUAUUGGGUGCCACGCAUCAGGCUCUUGUUUUGCGCUGAAGAUCCACGUGUGUUUACUCAAAGAAUCGUUGCUGCCUGCAAACUACGUAAGCAAACAGAGGCCCUUAUAUUGUACAACCUGUACAUAGACUGCAUGCCAACCAGCGGGCAUUGUAAGAUUGCGGCAGAGAGUCUUAGUCGGAUGAAGAAACAUGUGCUGACCACAUCACGUCUAAAAGCAGAAAAAGAUUUAUCUUGUCAACUGGAAAGUUUGGAAGAGGAAAUCAGUCUGGACUAUGAACGUACCAUGAACAAGAUAAUCUUUGACAGGCAUGUUUCCUCAAAUCCCCACAAAUUCCCUUAUGUUACUUUACCAGAUAGAUUGGAAGACAAGGCUCCUAAGAAAGGGCUGGUUGACGUUCCAGAGUAUAGCUUUGCCAAGAGCCGAGCAGCCUUCACUUUUACCACUCUUUUGACGCGGCCAGAGGUCAUAAAGUCUCUCUGCAAAGUACGAGCAGAGUGCAAUAAGGUGUCCACCAUGUCUCUGUUUCACUCAACCCUAACAAAAUGUGUCAGACUAGAAGAAUUUGAACAGACUCAGUCACAGACCUUCUCUCAGGUUCAGUUAUUUCUCAAGGAUAGCUGGGUUAAUACCUUGAAGAAUGCAGUGCGUGGCAGUCUACGGGAUGUAGGAAAAGGCUGGUAUGACCUUAGUGAGUGUAACUGGAAAGUGUACUCCAUGUCCAAGCUACGUCAACUGAUGGAACUCAUCAAGUUCAACUUACAAGACUCCCUGAGAUUUUUGGUGCAGGAUUCUCUGGUCAACUUUGCCCAAAUGAUACUGGAUGCGUCUUACAGUAUUUUGUCCUGUGCCGAAAAUUUGGAAUGGGGAGGAGACCUUGUCAACAGCCCAUACAAACCUCGUAAAAACCCAAUAUUCCUGUUGGAUUUGGUGCUGGACAGUGCCGGUGUUCAUUUCAGUACACCUUUGGAGAAUUUUGAGGUGGUGCUCAUGACGCUUUUUGACAAAGGAAUCAUAGCAACACACAGCAUACCGCAGCUGGAGAAAUUUGUCCUGGAAAACCUCUUUAUCAGUGGCACCCCGUUGCUGGAGUCUGUCGGACUGCAUGAACCCCCUGUAGAAGAAAUGCGUAAAAAUAUUCACACAGCAAUACAAAAAGCCAUGAUCCCUUUAAAAGCAUAUGCCAAGGAAUAUGAGAAAUAUUUGGAACUUAAUAAUACUGAUGUAGAAACUUUCAUAAAAGCAUUCAGCGCAAAGAUACAUUCUGCUUCAGAGGUAAAGGCUUCUGUGGAACACCAUCUUUUAGAAAAGGAACGACUGGACAAUGCUCUCCCCAACUCGAUCAUUAUUGGUCCUUUCCAGAUCAACGUUGAAGGCGUUAAGCAAAACCUAUCCCGAAAACGCAAAACCCUGUCUAAUUCACUGCUGGAGUUAAUCGCCAAGCGUGUGCGCCGUGAAAUAGAUGAGGUCUCAGAACAGUUCCGAGCCAUCAGCCGUAAAAUGUUUGACAAGCCAAACAGCGUAGAGGAGCUGACAGACCUGAGGGAAUGGAUGAAAGGAAUCCCAGAGCAGUUAAAAACCCUGGAGGAGCAGGCUGCUAAAGUUAUUUCCGAUUAUGAUGUCAUGGAUGAGUUUUUUUACAGCCUUUCCCAAGAGGACUUUAAUGCGAAGUGGGCAGCUAUUUCAUGGCCAUACAAAAUUACAAAACAGACUGAUGAGAUUAAACUCCAGCACUCGGAAGAUGAAGAAAAGUUCCGUAAAAUCCAAGUGAUGGAUCAGAACAAUUUCCUGGAGCGUCUAGACUCCCUGCAGAUGGUUGUGGCUGCAUUUUCCACACAUUUCGAUAUCACUCGCGUUCACGAGAUAGCCAAUGAAGUGAGGAGAGUUCACAAACAACUGAAGGAGUCGCAGGAGUUGGCUCAACUCUAUAACAACAGGGAGAGACUCUUUGAGCUUCCUGUCACAAAUUAUGACAAACUUUUGAAGCUGGUAAAAGACUUUCAACCUUUCCGGGAUCUGUGGACCACUGCUUCAGAUUGGAUGCGCUGGUACGAGAGCUGGAUGAACGACCCACUUACUUCCAUAGAUGCUGAGCAGUUAGAGAAGAACGUGAUGGAGUCAUACAAAGCCAUGCAUAAAUGUGUUAAACACUUUCGAGAUAUUCCAGCCUGCCGAGAUGUGGCUCAAGACAUCAAGAGCCGUAUAGAAGAAUUCAAGCCAUAUAUACCACUGAUCCAGGGAUUACGCAAUCCUGGCAUGAGAAAUCGCCACUGGGAAAUCCUCUCUGAUCAAAUACAGAUCAAUAUAAAACCUAAGGCCAACUUGACCUUCACCCGUUGCCUGGAGAUGAAUUUGCAGGAUCACAUCGAGAGCAUUGCCAAGGUGGCAGAAAUCGCUGGCAAGGAAUAUUCAAUAGAGCAGGCUUUAGACAAGAUGGUGAAUGAAUGGGAAUCUGUGAUGUUUACCAUACUGCCAUACAAAGAAACUGGGACCUAUAUAUUGAAGAGCCCAGAGGAGGCUUCACAGUUGCUGGAUGACCACAUAGUAAUGGCGCAAAGCAUGUCCUUCUCCCCGUACAAAAAGCCCUUUGAAGAACGUAUUAGCACUUGGGAGGGAAAACUUCGUUUAACACAGGAUGUUCUGGAGGAAUGGCUGACCUGUCAGCGUUCUUGGCUUUACCUGGAACCAAUCUUUAGCUCAGAAGAUAUUAACAGACAGCUGCCUGUCGAGAGUAAGCGUUACCAGACCAUGGAAAGGACCUGGAGAAAAAUUAUGAGAAACGCGGAGGAAAAUAAGCAGAUUAUCUCCUUGUGCCCAGAUCCUCGUCUAUUGGAAAACCUGCGCGAAUGCAACAAGCUGCUGGAGCUCGUACAGAAAGGACUCAGCGAAUAUCUUGAGACAAAGAGAUCUGCUUUUCCCAGGUUUUACUUUCUUUCUGAUGAUGAACUUUUGGAGAUUCUGUCCCAGACUAAGGACCCUACUGCUGUGCAACCUCACCUUCGAAAAUGUUUCGAGAACAUUGCACGGCUUAUGUUCCAGUCGGAUCUACAAAUCACUCACAUGUAUUCAGCCGAGGGAGAAGAAGUCAAGCUGUCUACACCCAUUUAUCCGACAGGCAAUGUGGAGGAUUGGUUACUAGUAGUGGAGAAAGUCAUGAAGGCCAGCAUACGUGAUUUCAUCGAGAAAUCUAUCAAGGUGUACCCACAGAUGCCCCGUACAGAAUGGGUGAUGCAUUGGCCUGGGCAGGUUACCAUAGCUGGAUGCCAGGCAUACUGGACAAAGGAAGUAUCUGAAGCUCUGGAGGCUGGGGACCUGUCCACUCGGCUCUUUCCACAGCUUGGAACUCAGCUAAGUGACCUUGUAGGACUGGUACGUGGAAAGUUGUCCCGCAUGCAGCGUUCUAUCGUAUCUGCUCUUAUCGUGAUUGAAGUCCACGCUAAGGAUGUUGCUGCCCGUCUCAUAGAGGAAAAUGUGAACAGUGUAAAUGAUUUUGAAUGGAUUUCUCAGCUCAGGUAUUACUGGGCUAGAGAAGAUCUCUAUGUGAGAGCUGUCAAUGCUGAAUUUCUUUAUGGAUAUGAAUACCUUGGUAACACAGGACGUUUGGUCAUAACCCCCCUCACAGACAGGUGUUACCUCACACUGACUGGGGCACUGCAUCUAAAAUUUGGAGGUGCUCCUGCUGGGCCAGCUGGGACAGGAAAAACAGAGACCACCAAAGAUCUGGGUAAAGCUCUUGCAAUCCAAACUGUAGUAUUUAACUGCUCUGACCAGCUUGAUUUUAUGGCUAUGGGCAAGUUCUUCAAAGGAUUGGCGAGUUCAGGAGCUUGGGCAUGCUUUGAUGAAUUCAAUCGGAUUGACAUUGAGGUCUUGUCUGUGGUGGCCCAGCAGAUUGCUACCAUUCAGAAAGCCCAACAGCAAAGAGUGGAUCGCUUUAUGUUUGAAGGAGUAGAGAUCCCCUUGGUGUCUACAUGUGCAGUAUUUAUUACAAUGAAUCCUGGUUAUGCUGGACGCACAGAAUUACCUGAUAACCUGAAGGCUCUUUUCCGUCCAGUCGCAAUGAUGGUGCCAGAUUAUGCGAUGAUUGCUGAGAUAUCUCUUUACUCUUUUGGUUUCAACAAUGCGAAGAUUCUGGCAAAGAAAAUUACUACAACGUUCAAACUUUCUUCUGAGCAACUUAGUUCUCAGGAUCAUUAUGAUUUUGGAAUGAGAGCUGUUAAAACAGUGAUUUCUGCUGCUGGAAACCUGAAGAGAGAAAAUCCAACCAUGAAUGAGGAGCUGAUCUGUCUCCGGGCUAUCCGUGAUGUUAAUGUGCCCAAGUUCUUACAAGAUGACUUGAAGCUCUUCACUGGCAUUGUGUCUGACCUUUUCCCACGGAUUGAGGAAGAACACAUUGAUUAUGGCAGUCUAGAACAAGCAAUUCGCAAAACCUGCAUUCAGAAAAAUCUAAAGGAUGUUGAUGGCUUUGUAACAAAAUGCAUCCAGCUGUAUGAGACAACGGUGGUGCGGCAUGGUCUGAUGCUUGUAGGUCCUACAGGUUCUGGGAAAACACAGUGUUAUAUAGUGCUUGCUGCUGCCCUUUCAUCACUUAAAGGGAUGCCAUCAGUCAGUGGAGGGACCUAUGAAACUGUACACUACUACAUUUUGAAUCCAAAAUCCAUCACAAUGGGUCAGUUGUAUGGAGAAUUUGACCUCUUAACGCAUGAGUGGACAGAUGGAAUCCUCUCGUCACUUAUUAGAGGUGGUGCCACAUCAACAGAGCCUGACAAAAGGUGGUACAUGUUUGAUGGACCUGUAGAUGCUGUGUGGAUUGAGAAUAUGAACACAGUCCUUGAUGAUAACAAGAAGCUUUGUCUGAGCUCAGGAGAGAUCAUUAAACUUACAGAGGCCAUGACCAUGAUGUUUGAGGUGCAAGAUCUCGCGGUUGCAUCCCCAGCUACUGUUUCUCGUUGCGGAAUGGUGUAUCUGGAACCCAGUGUCCUUGGUCUAAAGCCUUUUACUGAAUGCUGGCUCAAUACAAUCCCAGCCGUCAUGAAACCCUAUAGAGAGCAGCUGGACUCUUUAUUUUCUCGCUUUUUGAAGGAUGCCAUCAUGUUUGUGCGUCGCUCUGUUAAAGAAAUCAUUGCGUCAACUGACAACAAUCUGGUCAUGAGUCUUCUUAAGCUGUUAGAUUGCUUCUUUCAACCUUUUAUCCCACAAGAGGGACAAAAGAGAAUUGCACAGGAGAAGCUUAGCCGCAUAGUGGAAUUGAUAGAGCCUUGGUUCUUCUUCUCUCUGAUUUGGAGUGUUGGAAUCACCGGAGACUCAAAUAGCCGUGUCCUGUUCAGCAAGUGGCUGAGAGACAAAAUGAUUGCCGAGAAGACAGUAAUGCUUUUCCCAGAUCAGGGGCUUGUGUACGACUAUAAACUGGAUGAUGCAGGAAUUAGCAGUAAAGCCGACGAGGAUGAUGAGGAUGUUCAGAGAAAGGUGAGUUGGGUGAACUGGAUGGAAUCAUCUGCUCCUUUUUCCAUUGCCCGUGACAGCAGCUAUGCAGAUAUCAUUGUCCCAACUCUUGACACCGUUCGCAUGUCUCAAAUCCUUGGAAUGCUUUUGACCAAUAAAAAGCCAGUUCUGUGUGUGGGGCCCACCGGGACCGGAAAGACUCUUACAAUAUCUGACAAGCUGCUCAAGAAUCUUCCACAUGAAUAUAUCAGUCACUUCCUCAUGUUUUCAGCAAGAACUUCAGCCAAUCAGACGCAAGAUCUUAUUGACAGCAAACUGGACAAAAGGAGAAAGGGGGUAUUUGGACCACCUCUUGGACGCUACUUUAUCAUCUUUAUUGAUGAUCUAAACAUGCCUGCACUCGAGACAUAUGGAGCACAACCACCCAUUGAGUUGCUCCGUCAGUGGAUGGACCAUGGUGGCUGGUAUGACCGCAAGCAGAUAGGAGUUUUCCGGAAUUUAAUGGAUAUAAAUUUUUUAUGUGCCAUGGGACCGCCAGGUGGUGGCAGGAACCCAGUGUCCCCACGGCUUACCCGUCAUUUUAAUUUCUUGUCCUUCACUGAGAUGGAAGACAGCAGCAAGAGCAGGAUCUUCUCUACCAUCCUUGGUAGCUGGAUUGCAGGGGCACCAGCAGUGCAGCACCUGACGGGACAGUUGGUCGAUGCCACGAUUAAGAUGUAUAACACUAUUAUAUCUCAGUUGCUCCCUACGCCAGCAAAGUCUCACUACACAUUUAAUCUUCGAGACUUGUCGAAGGUAUUUCAGGGAAUACUAAUGGCAGAACCAUCUAAAAUGGAGGACAAGUUUCAGCUCUUGAAGCUGUGGUAUCACGAGUCCUGCCGCGUAUUCCAGGACCGGUUAGUGAACCAGGAAGAUCGGAACUGGUUUGAUGAGCUAAUGAAGGAAAGAAUGCAGGAAUUUGGUGCAACCUUCGAGGAGGUUGUCCCUCAGCAACCUGUGCUGUUUGGAGAUUUUAUGUCUCCAGGGGCAGAUACAAAAUCCUACCAGCUCAUUACCGACCGAGAAAAGCUCCAUCGUAUAAUUGAGGAAUACAUGGAGGAUUUCAAUCAGAUCAACACCGCGAAGAUGAAGCUGGUUCUUUUUAUGGAUGCCAUUCAACAUAUUUGUCGAAUCAGCCGCAUCUUACGACAACCAUUAGGAAAUGCUCUUCUGCUUGGUGUAGGAGGCAGCGGGAGACAGUCUCUAACUAGACUGGCAAGUCACAUGUCAGAAUAUGAAUGCUUCCAAAUUGAACUGUCCAAAAAUUAUGGGAUGACUGAAUGGAGAGAAGAUAUAAAGGGUAUCCUGCUGAAAGCUGGUCUCCAGAAUAUGCCCAUAACCUUUCUCUUCACAGACACACAGAUUAAGAAUGAGUCAUUUCUUGAAGAUAUAAACAACAUUCUGAAUUCAGGAGAUGUUCCCAACUUGUAUGGACUAGAUGAGCAAGACCAGAUUGUCACUGUCAUGAAACCAAUUGUGCAGGAUAUGGGACAACAACCAACCAAGGCCAACCUAAUGGCAGCAUACACCCGACGGGUCAAGGGCAAUAUUCAUACUGUGCUGUGCAUGAGUCCAAUAGGAGAAGUGUUCAGGGCUCGUCUCAGGCAGUUUCCAGCACUAGUAACUUGUUGCACAAUUGAUUGGUUUAAUGAAUGGCCAGAGGAUGCUUUAGAAUCAGUGGCAUCAUCAUUCCUGGUGGAGAUUCCUGAGCUUGACUCAAAAGAGUCCUCUGUUUCAGGCAUGAUCAAGAUGUGCGUUGAAAUGCACCAGUCAGUAGCCGUAAAGUCAAAGCAAUACUUGGCAGAGCUCUCACGUCAUAAUUAUAUCACCCCAAAGAGUUACCUGGAGCUGCUAGGAAUAUACUCAAAGCUUAUUGGAAAGAAGGUGAUGGAGAUAAAAACUGCAAAGAACAGGAUGAAAAGUGGACUUGAUAAGCUCCUUCACACAGCUGAAGAUGUUGCAAAGAUGCAGGAGGAACUAGAAACAAUGCGGCCCCUGCUGGAAGAGGCAGCCCAGGAUACAGUGAUUACAAUGCAAAAGAUUGAGGAAGACACAGUUGUUGCAGAGGCCACUCGUCAAUCUGUACAAGUCGAGGAAGCUAAAGCCACAGAAAAGGCUCGCAUGGCUCAAGAAAUUGCGGCUGACGCUCAGAAAGACCUCGACGAGGCUCUUCCCGCAUUGGAUGCUGCCCUGGCCAGUCUGAAAUCACUCAACAAAAAUGAUGUUACUGAGGUCAGAGCUAUGCAGCGCCCUCCUGAGGGCGUCAAACUCGUAAUAGAAGCUGUUUGCAUUAUGAAAGGAAUAAAACCAAAGAAAAUUGCUGGAGAUAAACCGGGAAGCAGAAUAGAUGAUUACUGGGAGCCAGGAAAGGGUCUACUGCAAGAUCCUGGCAAAUUCCUAGAGGGCCUGUUUAAGUAUGACAAGGACAAUAUUCCAGAUGCAGUCAUAAAAGCCAUUCAGCCCUACAUUGAUAACGAAGAAUUCCAGCCUGCAGCCAUUGCUCGGGUCUCCAAGGCUUGUACCUCUAUCUGUCAGUGGGCACGGGCCAUGCACAAGUAUCACUUCGUGGCUCGAGGUGUAGAACCCAAGCGACAAGCUCUACGGGAAGCUCAGGAAGAUUUAGCAGCGACCCAGAAAAUCCUAGAUGAAGCCAAAGCUCGUCUUGGUGCGGUAGAGGAUGGGAUCGCAACCUUAGAAGCAAAGUACAAAGACUGCGUGUCCAAGAAAGAAGAGCUGGAACAUAAGUGUGAGCAAUGUGAGCAGAAAUUGGGUCGCGCUGACAAGCUCAUCUCUGGCUUGGCCGAGGAGCGUCAACGUUGGCAGGAUACCGUUGUAGAUCUAGAGAACCUUCUGGUCAACGUCACUGGAGACCUGCUUUUGUGUGCUGGGUUCCUUGCCUAUCUGGGGCCAUUCACGGGUUCGUAUCGAACAGCACUUUUUGUUCAGUGGACUAAGAAAAUGAAGGAGUUGAAAGUUCCAUGCACAGAUGAGCCAUCCUUGAUAGGGACACUGGGUGAUCCAGUAAAAAUUCGCUCCUGGCAGAUUGCUGGGCUCCCGAAUGACAACCUAUCUGUGGAGAAUGGAGUAAUAACUCAGUAUGCCCAGUGUUGGCCUCAUUGCAUUGACCCUCAAGGACAGGCUAACAAAUGGAUCAAAAACAUGGAGAAGGAUAAUGCAUUGGAUGUUGUGAAGCUCAGUGACCGUGACUUUUUAAGAAGUUUGGAGAAUGCAAUACGUUUUGGAAAACCAUUUUUGAUGGAGAACGUUGGAGAGGAGCUAGAUCCUGCUCUAGAACCUGUGUUACUCAAACAAACAUACAAGCAGCAGGGGAGCACAGUACUACGUUUAGGUGAUACCAUCAUCCCAUACCAUGAUGACUUUAGAAUGUACAUCACUACCAAGUUACCAAAUCCUCAUUAUCCCCCGGAAAUAAGUACAAAGGUUACACUUAUCAACUUCACUCUGUCUCCAAGUGGCUUGGAGGAUCAGCUACUUGGGCAAGUGGUGGCUGAGGAGAGACCUGAUUUGGAAGAAGCUAAGAAUCAGCUGAUUUUAUCAAAUGCUAAGAUGCGUCAGGAGCUGAAAGAAAUUGAGGACCAGAUUUUAAUGCGCUUAAGCUCCUCACAGGGAAAUCCUGUAGAUGAUGUGGACCUCAUCAAAGUUCUGGAGGCCUCUAAGCUGAAAGCUGGGGAAAUCAAAUCAAAAAUGGUUGUGGCAGAGCAGACGGAACGAGAUAUAGACAUCACCAGGCAUCAGUAUGUCCCAGUAGCUGUCCGGACACAAAUCCUCUUCUUCUGUGUCUCAGAUUUGGCCAAUGUGGAUCCUAUGUACCAAUAUUCGUUGGAGUGGUUCCUUGGCAUCUUUUCAGCAUCUAUUGCUAACUCUGAAAGAGCAGAUACGGUGGAAAAAAGAAUACAAAACAUAAACUCGUAUUUCACCUUCAGCUUGUUCAGUAACGUGUGUCGCAGUCUAUUUGAGAAACAUAAACUCAUGUUCUCCUUCCUGCUUUGUGUGCGAAUCCUCAUGGAGCAAGGACUUAUUAAUAUGGAUGAAUGGCGUUUCUUGCUGUCUGGUGGCAUAGCGUCCACACUGGCUGAAAAUCCAUGUCCUGAGUGGCUGCCUGAGCGUGCUUGGAGGGACUUACAAGCUUUAAGUGCACUGAACAACUUCAGCAAAGUCACCGAACAAAUCGCACAACAUAGUGCAGAGUACAGAAUAAUCUGUGACAGCCCGGAGCCACAUCGGGAGCCACUUCCUGGGGAGUUGGGAACAUCUCUGGACGCUUUCCAAAAGUUACUUAUUCUGAGAUGUAUUCGCGGGGACAAACUGACAAAUGCCAUGCAGGACUACGUGUGUCAGCAUCUGGGACAGCGGUUCAUAGAACCACAGACAGCAGACCUGGGAGCGGUGUACAAUGAAUCUUCUCCUGUCACUCCUCUGAUCUUCAUCCUAUCUACUGGCACUGACCCAGCUGCAGAUCUCUACAAAUUUUCUGAAGAGAUGAAAUUUUCCAAAAAACUAACAGCAAUAUCAUUGGGACAAGGACAGGGUCCUCUAGCUGAAGCAAUGAUGCGCAGCUCAAUGGAACGUGGAAAAUGGGUAUUUUUCCAAAAUUGUCAUCUGGCUCCCAGUUGGAUGCCUUCAUUGGAGAGACUAAUAGAGAGUAUUGAGCCAGACAAGGUGCAUCGGGAUUUCCGCCUAUGGUUGACCAGCAUGCCCAGUAACCAGUUUCCAGUGUCCAUUCUGCAGAAUAGUUCAAAACUCACGAUUGAACCUCCACGUGGAGUAAAGGCCAAUCUGUUGCGUACUUACCUAAGUCUUAGUGAUGCAGAGCUGAACGAGAGCAGUAAGGCUCCUCAGUAUAAGACCCUACUGCUGUCUCUCUGCCUCUUCCACGGAAGCACAUUAGAAAGAAGAAAGUUUGGACCAUUAGGAUUCAACAUCCCUUAUGAAUUCACAGAUGGAGAUCUCAGAAUUUGCAUCUCUCAGCUCCGGAUGUUCCUUGAGGAGUAUACAGACAUUCCAUAUAAGGUCCUACGUUACACUGCUGGAGAAAUUAACUACGGUGGACGCGUCACUGAUGACUGGGAUCGACGUUGUCUCCUGAGUAUUUUGCAGGACUUCUAUCAGCCACCAGUUCUAAAAGAAGAACACAUGUUCUCAGAGUCUGGAGUGUAUCAUCAAAUAAGCCCAACACAUGACUUGAAUGGUUACCUACAGUACGUCCGUUCACUUCCACUUAACGAUAUGACAGAACUGUUUGGACUCCAUGAUAAUGCCAACAUUACAUUUGCUCAGAAUGAAAGCUUUGCUUUACUUGGCUCACUUGUGAAAUUACAACCGAGAGCACAGGCCACCGGUGGGAGCCGUGAUGAGAUGGUGGAGGAGAUUGCAGGAGGCAUCCUGCAGAAAGUCCCCAAACCCAUUCCUGUGCAGGAAGUUAUUUUAAAGUACCCGGUUAUGUAUCAGGAAUCUAUGAAUACUGUAUUGGUUCAAGAGGUUACGAGGUACAAUCGCCUCCUGUCCACACUCUCACAGACACUGAGUGACUUGUUAAAAGCUAUGAAAGGUCUAGUCGUCAUGUCUUCUCAGCUGGAGCUCAUGGCAAACAGUCUCUAUAACAACUUUGUGCCACAAAUCUGGAGCUCAAAGGCAUAUCCAUCGCUAAAACCUCUGGCCUCCUGGGUCCUAGAUUUACUGCAGCGGAUAGAAUUCCUCCAGAAAUGGAUCUCUGAUGGUAUACCUGCCGUGUUUUGGAUCAGUGGGUUGUUUUUUCCACAGGCAUUCCUAACUGGUACUUUGCAGAAUUUUGCCCGGAAGCAUGUAAUUUCCAUUGACACAAUCUCCUUUGAGUUUAAGGUUCUCAAGGAGUCAGUUACAGAGCUGAAGCAGCGCCCAUCUGAAGGCUGCUAUAUUCAUGGCUUAUAUCUGGAAGGAGCACGGUGGGAUAAAUCAACAAUGAUGCUGGCAGAGUCCCAUCCCAAAGAGCUUUACACAGAGAUGGCAGUCAUAUGGCUAGUCCCCAUUCCUGAACGUAAACCUACAACAUCUUCAAUAUAUCUGUGCCCCAUUUACAAGACUCUAACCCGAGCAGGAACACUUUCUACUACGGGGCAUUCCACCAACUACGUUAUUGCCAUUGAACUUCCCAGCAGCAAGUCUCAAACCCACUGGAUAAAACGUGGAGUUGCACUUAUCUGUGCCCUGGAUUAUUAACUGUACAUUUUAGUCUAUUAUUAAUAAUUAAUUAUACCUGUUUAUUUUAUGGAAUUUGUCUACUUUGGAGUUGAUGGUUGGAUGAAAAUCCACAAAAAAAAAACAAUCCCUCAAUUCAUUACAAUAGACAUGCCCGUUACCACAUCUGGCACCUUGGAUCCUGUUGAGAUAAAUUCUUAAACCUAAGAUCGAAGGAAAACUUAUCACACAAAUUUUAUUUAUAUUUUGAGGCACAUACAUUCUAUUCUAGCCUUUUCUUUAAUGAUUUAUAUUGGAUUUAUCUGAAUUUUUUCUGACACUUUCUCCUGCCUGCACAGUCAUUUUGUGUGAUUUUGAGUCAGAAACAACCAUUAUCCAAUUCAAGAUCACUCUCACCUGCCAGUCUGUUGUGUAUUAAGAGAGCGGUGCACAAUGCUUCUCACCUCUACACGUCACACAGCUUCAGAACAGAGGAAUAUUGAAGCCGGCUGUGAAAACGGUCAAGCUGUGCACAGCUUUGGGACCAAGCAGGCAAGAGUGACUUUGGUUCUAAAUGGUUAAUUCUGACCCAUGCUUAUUCAAUGUCUGGGCAGGCAAUGACAAGAACAUUCUAAUGAAAAUUCAGCACAUAU